AUGCGCCGACGACUGAAGAGUGCCCACGGGGGUCCCAACUCGAGCAGCCUCUACAAGAUCCCCCACGUGGCGGGGGAAAGGCAGGAUCCUGCCCGCGACCGUUUCCGCCACGCCCACCGCCAUUCCGCCGGCCCCGUCGGCCUCCAGAACCGGCCGAAUGCGGACGCGGAGGGGACUGCUCGCGACGACCCGUAUCCCAGCGACGCCCAGGUGACCCCCUCCCCCGCGUCGCCGGAGAUCGCCGCGGAGAGCAUUGCGCGGGGGAUCGCGCUCGGGGUGAGCGCUGGCCUUCCCGACCACGAGGAGAUGGGCGGCGAGGUGAACGAGGACGCGCAGGGGACCGCUGAUCGCCUUCCCUGCGCUGAUGAGUUUCGCGAUGCUCAAGAGAGGGUCGGCGAGGAGAGGGCUGCCGCGGAGGCUGACGCGGAGGCGAGCGCCCGCGCUCCUGCCGCGGCUGUCCUUCCGGGCGGUUCGACGAAACGCGCGCAGGGGCCCAGGAAUACUCCGGCGAGGUGGGGCGCGCAGCAGGCCGAUGGGGAAGAGUUGCCACCCGCUCGAAGCGGCGGACGGGCUCGCUUGCGGAGGGGUGCGCAGGGACACGCGGGCGAAGCCCAGCAGGCGCAGGCUCCGUCAUAG